AUUUUCAAAGACUGUUGGUCGUAGUAGGUGUUUCCCAACUACCAGUGCCUUUAUGAGAGUGUCAGAGUGACUUUUUCCGGAUUUCAUAUUCUUUUCAUUUUCCAGGCUCAUUAUGAGUCAACCAACCGAACGUAGCAGACUUAUAAUUCCUGUAACGAAUCCUUGUGAGUAUUCGUUUAGUUCCAGCAUUUCGAGAGAACGGAAAAGAAGAGUGAAACAAUUUCAGUGUUGUCUAUGUGCCUUAUUUUUAUCUAUACUUUUGGUAACAAUAAUAAUCACAGUGAUAUAUAGCAUAAACGCGAACAGAAUCGCUAACUCUACAAUUCCUGAAAAUGACGGUAAUAUUACGGUAGAAACGUCAGUUAUUUCUUUUAUUUCUACGACUUUUCCAUUAACGGACAAACAAAAGUCAAACAAAACAUUGGAAGAUAUUGAAUUAUGGAAUGAAGCGAUAGAGGAAGGAAAGAGAAAUUUACUUGAAAAAGAUAAAAUUGAAGAAGCUAUUCCAUCUCUAAAUAUUCAAAGUCCAAGUUAUCGACAUCAAAGAGUUACAGCUACCAGUAAACGUGGAAGAGAAUUAUCUAGAGUUGGAUUCGUUGAAGAAUUUGCUACAAAACACAUAUAUAGAAACGUAGAUAAUACAACAAUUGAUAAUAUGUGUCAAAACCAAGGUAUUCCGUCUGGUGAAUAUUGCGAAAAUAAGACUAUACAAUGUAAUAUAUUCCAAAAAUAUAGAUCUUUCAAUGGAACGUGUAAUAAUUUAAAAAAGCCAUUGGAUUACGGUACAGCUUAUAGACCAUUUAGAAGAAUGUUACCGCCAAAUUACGCAGAUGCAAUUAGCAAACCGAGAAUAUCUGAAACCGGAAAACCUUUACCAUCGGCUAGGACAGUUAGUUUAGUUAUACACCGACCUUAUUACAGAGACGAUCCCAAAUUUACGGUUAUGUUAGCAGUAUGGGGUCAAUUUUUGGAUCACGACAUAACUGCCACAGCUUUGAGUCAAAAAGUGGAUGGAAGUACAAUAUCUUGUUGCGGUCAAAACAGUACAACUUCUCCAGAAUGUUUUCCAGUGUAUUUGGACGAAAAUGAUCCUUUCAGAGAAUACAAUGUGAGUUGCAUGGAGUUCGUUAGAUCUGCUCCGGCUCCUACUUGUUGUCUCGGACCUCGAGAACAAAUGAAUCAAGUAACUUCUUAUAUCGAUGGUUCUGUUGUAUACAGUGUUGACGAAGAUUUUGCGAAAAAGCUACGUACUCUGAAAAAUGGGAUGUUGAAAGUCUUGGUUACAUCAGAUGAGAGAACACUUCUACCAGUUUCUGAUGAUUUAAAUGACGGAUGUAAUCGUGAAGAAUACGAGAAGAAUGGAAAAUAUUGUUUUUUAACAGGUGAUGCUAGGGCGAAUGAAAACUUACAUCUAACUACUAUGCAUUUAUUAUGGGUCCGUCAACAUAACUCGAUUGCAUCGAAUUUAUCUAAACUGAACUCACAUUGGGAUGACGAAAGGAUUUUUCAGGAAACCAGAAGAAUUAUUGCAGCUCAGAUACAGCAUAUUACUUAUAACGAGUUUUUACCAAUUUUAUUGGGCAAGAGCUUAAUGAAGAAAUUCAAUUUAUACCCGAAGAAGAAAGAAUAUUUUAAAAUGUAUAAUGACAGUUUAGAUCCCAGUAUAGCUAAUAAUUUUGCAACUGCUGCAUUUAGGUUUGCACACUCCAUCAUUCCUGGUCUAAUGAAACUUUUGGCUAAUGAUACAUCUUCUCCUGAUUAUAUUCAAAUGCAUAAAAUGUUAUUUAAUCCUUUUGAUUUGUACGAGCCGGGUGGUUUGGAUAAUACCUUGAGAGGUGCGAUGAAUACCAAUAUACAAGCUUCAGAUUCCUAUUUUACCAAUGAGUUAAAAUCUCACAUGUUUGAAAGAACCGUUGAACAAACCAAACAACCAAAAUUGUGUGGACUCGACCUUGUAUCUUUAAAUGUUCAAAGAGGUAGAGAUCAUGGAUUACCUGGUUACACAAAAUGGAGACAACAUUGUGGUUUGAAAAAACCCUCGAAUUUCAAAGAUUUACAAGAUGAAAUGGAUCCAGAUUCUUUACAUAAUAUGGAAAUGAUUUACAACAAUAUCGAUGACGUAGAUCUAUACACUGGCGCACUUAGUGAAAAACCGAUAAAAGGAAGCAUUUUAGGACCAACUAUAACGUGUUUGAUCUUGGAUCAGUUUUAUAGAUUAAAACAUGGAGACCGGUUUUGGUACGAAAAUCCUCAUCCACCUCAAGGAUUCGCAAUGGAUCAACUCAACGAAUUACGUAAAACAACUUUGGCGAAUAUAAUUUGCGACAACGCGGACAAUUUAGAAAUUAUUCAAAGAAAAGUAAUGCAAAGAGCUGGAAAAAACAAUAUGUAUGUCAGUUGUAAGGACAUCGAAAGAACAAACCUUGAAUUAUGGAAAGAAAAUCUAACUCGCUUGGAUUUUGUUACAGAUGAAACUAAAAUUAUUGUUAAGAAAUCUAUAGGUUAAAUUAUUUUUUUUCUUCGAAUGUUCGUAUUAAUGAAUUCCAAUAAAUUUUGUUCUGUAUAUUAUUCCAA